UCCUCCGCCCUUAAAUCACUCAGCUACAAAGCAUGAAGGUAUAUUAUUGAAAGAAUACUUUGGCGAAAUGGCAGUGUGUUCUUGUUACUGCAGGGCUUCAGUGGUAAAAUGUUGACUAAGACGAGUAAACUAAAGGACUAGAGCUCAUUGGACAUGUCUGCUGUCGAGAGAAGAGGAGCUCCAGAGCCUCACUGGGAAAACAGUCCUUCCAGAAAUCAGGAUUUCAAGCGUCAUCGGAGGCUUCUGGCUCGGCCCAGGCAUCCCGUCAGCACGAGCACCUGGCCGCCUGACGGCUCCCAGUCUGCACACCACGCGCACAGGGUGACUUCAAUGCUGACAGAAGAAUAAGACAUUUUGUGCGGAAUGAGAGUUUGAUCGCAGGGAGGCGCUCUGCUGUUGUUGUUCCCUGUCUCCCAGUCCCUGCUACUCCACCAUCAUCCACCAUUAAUCCAACACCUCCCCACCAAAACACCCUUCACCCCGACUCUGAAGGACAACAAAGCAAGCCGAGCUCUGUGCCAGCAUCUCCCUCCGACCCUCGUCCUGCUCCAGAGGAAAAAUGUGAAGUUCAGGAGAGGGAGCGACAGCCUGCUGUGGUGUCUAUCACAGAGUCCAACUGGAGGCUUCAUCUCCGGCCUGCUGGACCAGAGCGCUCGCCGUCGCCGGCCUCCACGGCUUCACAUGGUUCUCUCUCAGAUUUUAGUCGUCCACCUUCCAGCUUGUUCAGCCGGAGCACUGACCUCGCCAGUGGCAGGAGCAGUGUCCUGUCCGCAGACAUCAGGGACCUAGAAGGCAGCAUUUGUUCCUCUCCACUCCGGCCAUCUCCGCCUUACUCUCCAGCAGGAUCCAACCCUCGCCGAUCAUCCGCAAAUACUGCGACCACCCCUCAACUCUACGAACCACUCUUUGGUCAAAUCAAACCCCUCUCAACUCGCCCAACGUCUGCCGUCCUUCCUCAGUCAGACAAACCGAUGAGCAGGCUUGAAAGCUCAAAAACAGCAGAAAAUCUCCACCAAGAUGCAUCUUUAGAUCCUGCUCUCAACCCAUCCUUGGACUCCGAUCACGGUGUCAUUACCCUGCCUUUCCCCUCCGCUACUUGGUCUUCCUGCCCAAGUCCACAGAGGACCACUCCCCGCUCAGGGUCAGGACCAAAGCUGACCCCUUCUGCAUCAGUGACUCAGCUGGAAUCCCAUCGCUGGCCUGUCCUGCCCCCUAUCUCCCCUGUCAGAGGACGCUGUGGCACAGCAGCAUCACGCUACUCGGAGCUCAGCUGCAGUCAGUCUCAUGUGUUUGAUGAACUGGAGGCCAUUGCCCCUCGGUCAGCUUCCUGUCCGUCUCUGGACCAGACAUCAGACUCAUCAGGUUCUCCUUCCCCCGAUACAGACGGGGAUGGGCUUAUCUGA